AUGGAUGACGUCUCAGAGGUUCAGCCACUCCUGCAGAGGGUCAUGAAAAUGAGAGAAGAUAACCUUUGCGAAAAUGGGAAGAAUCUGAGAAUUGUGCUGCUGGGGAAAGCAGGUGAGGGGAAGAGUGCCACUGGAAACACCAUCCUGAUGGAGGAAGUCUUCAAAGAGGAUUUUGCCUUUGAGUCAGUGACAACAAUUUGCCAGAAGGAGACAGCCAUUGUCAAUGGAAGACAGAUAACUGUCAUUGACACACCAGGAUUGUUUGAUACGGAAACUGACAACACAGAGAUUAAGAAGGAGAUUGUGAAGUGCAUCGGCAUGGCAGCUCCUGGGCCCCAUGUGUUCAUCCUGGUGAAACAACUGGGGCGCUUUACAAAAGAGGAGAGACAGGCUGUGGAGAUUAUCCAGAAGAUGUUUGGUGAUCUGUCUAAAAUGUACACAAUUGUGUUGUUUACACAUGGAGAUAAACUCGAUGGAAAGCCACUUGAUCUUCAGACUGUAGGAGAUGAAGUGAAUAGUCUUCUUCGUGCAUGUGGAAUGAGAUACCAUGUCAUUGAUAACAACGACAAAAACAAUAGGAGUCAGGUCAAUGAACUUCUGAGUAAAAUAGACAACAUGGUGGAAGUGAAUGGUGGUAGGUAUUACACCAAUGAGAUGUUCCAAGAAUUAGUAGAGGAGGCCCUCAAACAGGAGCAGGAGAGAAUACUUCUGGAGAAGAAUGAGGAAAUUGAGCGGGAGAAACAGGAUCUACAAGCCAAACAUCAGGCUGAAAUGGAGAAACUGAAGAAGGAGAUGGAGGAAGAGAAAAGGAGACAAGAAGAGGAGAUGAAAAGGAAAGAGGACGAAUUCAGGAAGAUGGAGAAAGAGCAAAGGAGUUGUUUUAAGCUUCCAGCUCCCGGACCCCUCUGA